AAAUUAAGCCAUGGAGAAUGUACUUCCUAUUCUGAUCAUUUUUCUGUAUGUGUUAACAACACGUGCUUGUAAAGGGAUUCAAGAAAUAAUUCUUCAGCCUUACAUCGGGGAAAAAGUUGCAUAUCCAGAAAACUAUCCAGUAGAAAAAGGAUAUGGAAAUAACUUGAACUGCUCCUGGAAAAUCAGCACAAUUACUGGAUAUGAUAUUGUGGUUUACCCGAGGUGGGCGUGCAAAGAAGACGCAGAUUUUCGUCUUUAUUACGGCUCAACAACGUUAACAGAGAUAGAUGGUUGUGUUGGAUGCCCUAAAGCAUAUGGGUAUUGUGGCGAAAUCAUACAAACUGGAUCAUCGGGAAUUCUCUUGAAUUUUAGAACGUCGGCGCCUUUUAAAGGUGGUGGCUUCCAGUUUCGCUUUAUGUCUGUUGAAAAGAGGAAAAAUGACAAAUGUGAAUCAACUGAACAGCUAAUCGCAGAAUCAACUCCAAAAUUCAUCACAUCUCCGGGGUUCCCAUCUGCAUAUCCAAGUCAAGUGCAAUGCUCCUGGAUUGUGGUAUCUGAUUUAAAGGAGAACUUCCGUUUAAUUUUUGAGUUCCGGUCUCAAUAUCUAGAAGAAGGUUUCAUUGGCUGCAAUGAUUACGUAAAGAUUGAUAGUGUGGGCGAAUUUUGUGAAUAUAAGGAGGAUACUAUCUUACGGACAUCCGACAGAAUGAUCUUAAAUGACACUAUAACGAAGGUGCAGUUCGUUAGUGAUCACUGGUUCAGUGGGAGCGGUUUUGUUUUGGCUUUUUACGUCGAAGUUCUUCCCAGACUUCUGCUGCAGAUGGAACCACGAUAUGAUGUAUCAAUUCAAAGUGGCCAAAUUAUAAGUCUACAAUGUACAAUCAUGAAUCCCGAAGCACUUAUUUAUACAGCAGGUGGAGAUCUAAUCUGGCAGAAAGACGGGAAGAAUAUCGAAACAGAUUCGGACUUUUAUAUUACAACAACUAAUCUAUCCACCACAUUGAUGAAAAAUUCAGUAGGAAUUGAUGAUUCUGGAAAUUAUUUAUGCUCACAUUCCGAUUAUCCUGAUACAGAAAACGAUUCCAUCAAUGUUAUAGUAACAAAACCAAGUCACACAAAACAAAUUGAAUGUCAACGCGAGAUGUUUUCUAACAUAACAUGGAAAGCAAUAAUCGCAGGAACAACUGCACAAGAAUCCUGUCCAGAAAAGCAGAUAGGAACAGCAACGAGAUAUUGUAACACUCGAGGUGUAUGGGAAAUGCCUAAUCUGAUAAACUGUACUAGUGAAGCAUUUGUGGAUGCUUCAAAAGAGGCGUUUUUUGAGGUCGUUGAUAAUGUUUUGUCUAUCAGUAAUACUAACUCCUGGGCAACCGUGCAAGAAAAGACGGAGAAAGGUGCCACAUGGUUAAUAAAGAAUAUGGACAGACUUAGCAUAGUCCUUCUGAAAAGCGAUAACAUAACAGCAACCAAAUUUAAUGGCACAAAUUUUGAGCUGGCAAUUGAUCAGACGACAAUUGAUGAAGAAGGGAUCCUUUUUCCCGAUAUAUCGUCAAGCAAUAGUAACAAAUCAGUCGAUGAAUAUGCUACGUUUCUAGACUUGCCCAAACAAGAAAAUAAAUCCAAAACAACUAUUACUUAUGUUGCUGUGAUAUAUAGGACUCUAUCAGAGAUUUUACGCACGGAUUCAGAUUUAAAAAGAAAGAAGAAAAAAGUGACAGAUAAUACAAGAAAAAAGGAGGAAGACAUUCUAAAUUCUGAAAUUCUGUCCCUCACAACGCAGAUAGAUUUUGUAUUUCUUUUUCCUCCUCUAAGUCUAACUUUUCAACAUAAGAAUAAAAAUUAUAAAUACCAAGCAAUCUGUGUAUCAUGGAACUUUACCUCAAACAAGUGGUCAGAAAGAGGCUGCAGAUUAAAUUCCACCAAUAAAAAAAGAACAGUUUGCCAGUGUAAUCACUUGACUAACUUUGCUAUCUUGAUGAGACCUUAUACAUCUGAGAAGGAAGACAAAGAUUCGCUUAAGACUUUAUCUCUCAUUGGUGUCAUCCUUUCAGUUGCUUUUACUGUUUUAACCUUCCUUAUUUACAUCAUGACUUGGAAACACAUAAAGAAUGACCAGAACAUCAUGCUAUUAAAUCUCUGUGGAUCCUUGGUUUUAUCCUAUGUUUUAUUUAUAUCGGCUGUAGAAGAAACAAAAAAUGAGGUCUUGUGUAUCGCAAUAACCGCCGUCAUCCAUUACCUUUUCCUGGUGACUUUUUUCUGUAUGAUGGGAAUGGGAGUCUACUAUUUUAUGAGCAUAACCGUGACAUAUUACGCUCUGCAUGUGGCGAACAAUUUCAAGUCCAAAUCCAGAGUACAUUGGUUCCUUUUGGGAGGAUGGGGUAUACCAUUAAUAAUUGCGUCUUCAACAUUAGGAGUAUUCUGGGGAAACAAAUACCAUGUUAAACACUACUGCUGGCUCUCCAUGGAAAGUGGAUCUCUUUAUCUAUUUAUUGUCCCGGUUUGCAUUAUUGCCAUGGGUUUCUUUAUAUUUGUCUCGCAUGUAGUGUUAAACAAAAAGCUAAUUAAAGGCAUAAGGACUCAGUACCCUUCAUUGAGUGGAUUAAGUAUGUUUACCGACUCAAGCGGAAAGGAAACAACCUUUGUAUCACGAACAAAAACAUCUGAUCGUCCCAUGAAAAAAGGACCAUCUUCAGACAAGCAGACAUCAAAAAUCAAAAACGUAAUAAAAUCAGACUCUUUUUUGACCGAGAAAACUGAGUGCUAAUUACUCAUUCACUGCUCAACAUGAAAAGAUUUGUAUGAUAAUGUCUGAAAAGGCGCCAAAAGAAACGGAGAAAAAGGCUGAAUGAAACGUUAUGAAAAAACAAUAUUUUUAAACGUUGUAAGAAAAUAGACAAAACAUUGGAAGAGUGUUUGCAUAAGAAUUUUCUUUUUUCUAUUCUUCAUUGAAAUGUGAUAAAUUUUCUAUCCAAGAUGUGUUUAUAAUUCUACAGCAGGACAUUUUUACUUGUCCGUAAAUUAAUUUAAGGUACAAUGUAUUAUUCAUGAAUAAUUCGUAAAUGAAAUAAUUAUAAUCUAGUAAGAAGUCUAUUUUCUUUCUUUUCUCAGAAUACAAGUAUUUAAUACGUAUAUGUAAUCCUUCCUAUUUGAAACAUAUAUUAACCCCCAUAGUGCAACGUCAUAUACAAUGCUUUACUGUUUUACUGAAAUAUCAUAAUUAUGAAACCUCCUACAUGCGCAUGCAGUAUUCUUGUACUUUUAAAAUUCGUGUAUAUGUUGUUUAUAUUCUUAGUUACGAUGUAUUAGUUUUGCUGAUUCCAAAUAUUUAUUUCGUUGCAUUUUAUAUUUAAAGCUUUUUUAAAAAUCUAAUAUGUAAUUUAUUCUGAAAUCAAAAUUAGAUUUUAAGCUUUAUACUGAGAAUAAAAGUGUAAUAUAUUUUUUAUGUAAUGUAAAUUCUGCUAAAAUUUGUGAAAAAUGUGUUUGAAUUUGUAAAUUUAUUUUUUUUAAUUACUUUUUUCUCUAAUUUGUUUUCAUUUUCUCUUUUUGUUGUUUUUUUUUUAAAUCAUUUUUUGUCAAAUUUACAAAUACAAAGAACAAUUCAAUCAAUGACCAAGCUGGUCUUCAGCUCAGUUGAAAUAAAAAAUGAACUAAACGAAAAGGAGAAAUUAUAGAAUAAUUUUGCAUUAAAACUAAAUAAUCAGAAGAGAGCGAGUUUUAUAGUAGGAUAUUUACAAAAAACUAAAUGAAUAGAUAUAUAAACAAUCAAAUAACUGUUUGCAAAUAACUAUACCAUACAUAUUAAUGUAGCAUUAAUACAUGUAGCUCUAGUCUACAUGUGUGUCACCAUUGGACAAACAGGCGAAAAACAGGAACCGUAAAUAAUUAGAAUCUUUCCGAGUUCAAGGGGCAUAACUCUGUCAAAAAUAACUCUGUCGCAAAUUGCUCGAUCGUGCCCAAAACAAAACUUGUCUUUAUAUUCUUAUGAUUAAUCUGUAAAUUUAAUUUCAUUUUUGCCUGUGCAACCUCAGUAAGAAAUUAAAAUGAAUGCAAAUAACUAGAAUAAAGGGACUUUUAGGAGACAGAUAGAUUGAUGUCUUAGGUGUAGUCAAAAAUGUUAAUUUUUUGCGAAAAUGAUGUAGAAGUCAAACUGAAUAUUUUCUAGUAUUGCUUAACAAAAGACAAAAUUGUUUUCUCUGCAAAUUUAGAGAUUGAUUAAAUAACCAAUCAACGUUUAACAUGUGAUUGAAAUUUUUACUUAAGUCUCUCUCAUGAUCCUGAGGCAAGGUUUGCUUUAAUACCAUUGACAGCUACUUUUAUAAUAAAAAUGUAACUCCUAAA